AUGGCAUCACCUAGAGGUCUCAGCAAGCUCCCAACCGAGCUCCGCCUCAUGAUCUACCAAUACCUCAUAACAGAACGCAAAAUCGUCACGUCUACUCCCUGGUUCUGGGUCCCCGUCUUCAAGAGUGUCGACACCUACAUCGACAUCGUCUCCGUGCUCAAUCUCAUCAUCACUCACCCAGAACUCGGUCCAGAAAUUGCGGAUCUCCGGCCUUUGAUCUCCUCGUAA